AUUAGUAAACUUAAUACCGACCUUGCGAACCAACAGAGAGUGUUGGAAUCGGAGGAGAGAGAGUUCCAGAAGAGCUCACAGACCCAUCACCCGUUCAGCUUUGAGAUAUCGGAUUCGGCGGCCGCACCGGUGGACUUGGAUGAGGGCGCCUCCUUCUUGCAGACGGGCGAGGUGAAGGAGACGCUCACUCCUGACGUUCUCCAGGAGUGGUAUUCCAAGUUCGAGGAUUCCCUUAACAAAGUGCGUAUUGAUGCUGGCCUUUCUGAGCUACCCAAGAGCUCUUUCUUGCAGAGAGGACUGAACUUCAUGAGCAUGGCGACUAAUGAGAAGCUGAAGAAGGACGAGCGCGACGUUGAGCAUAUGCAGCAUGAAUUUGACGAUACUUUGGGCAAGCUCAAGCACGACAGCGCUGAUAUCAUGUCCUUUUCUCGAGAGGAG